AUGACCAGAGGCAACAUCCGUGUGGCAAUCGCCCAAACAGCUCCUAUCGUUGCACCGGAAGGUCCAGCCAAAUUAGAAAAACCUCAUUCGACUUCCCCUUUCUCCACCAUUGAUCAGAAUCUCAUUGACGUUAUAAGCUAUGUUGAGAGAGCUGCCGCUCAAAAAGCCGAGGUGGUUAUCUUUCCAGAAUACUUUUUACAAGGUAUAGUGAACCAGAAUAGACAGUAUCUCACGUUCCCAUCGAAACACCUUUUAACAUUCCUUCGAGAUCUCGCCAAGACACAUCGUAUCGCUCUCUGUGGGACGAUCGUACAUGGUACAAGGGAAGAAGGUGCUGCUCCCAUCCCCUCAUCAUCUCCAUUCUCUCAUAUACCACUUCAUGCCAGUCACAAAUCACCGAGUAUAAGUCCAGCUCAAUUAGAAUGGGGGAAAUACCUCGAAGCUCAUCCUCUAUCGACCGAGGAAAGUGCUCAGCCUACGCUGUAUAAUACUGCUUUCUGCAUUGAUGAUGAAGGGGAGGUUGUUGGAGAGUAUACCAAGAAAAACUUAUGGCAUCCUGAGAGGGAUUACAUCACUCCGGGAGAAGAAGAUCAUAAAGUAUUUGAAACGAAAUGGGGUAAAAUAGGAAUGAUGAUUUGCUGGGAUAUGUCUCAUCCGUCUCAUGCUCAGGAACUCGCCAGUCAAGGUGCGGAUAUCAUCUUCGCUCCAACUUUUUGGUAUGCUACCGAUAGUGAACCGGCUAUACACAAAUAUGAACAUGAUCCUCAAUACGAACAUAACAUGGUUCAAUCUCUCUGUUUCGCACGAUGUGCAGAGACGGAGACGGUAUGGGUCAUGUGUAAUGCUGGUGGGGAUCCUCUUGAGGGUUUCAUGGGUGGAAGUGGUGCUUGGGUACCUCUUCGAGGAAAAGUUGCGAGCUGUGAAGUUGGACCAAAGCUCGAGGUGGUGGAUAUCGAUUUAGGUGUUUUGAAGGACUCGAGAGAGCUGUACAAGGUCAGAGAAGAUGCUGCCAAAAGAUUGUGUACAUGA